UCUGUGCCUGUUUUACUGCUACCUAGAAUCUACUUUAGCCUACUCGGGAAAUGUAUGCCACCCAAUAACAACAAAUUAUUGUCAGUCGAGAAUUACAACUCAUUGCAACACACAAGGAAAGGAUGAAGAAGAAAGACAGGGUGCAAAGAGAGAGAAGCGAGAAGGGAGUCGAAGACAUCACUUCGAAAACAGCAGGACUGAAUUUCCAAGAGAAGUCUCCAGCCCAAAGCAUAGAAGAGUACCAGUGCACUGGUAACCUGGAAGUGGACUUCCAUGAAGUCACAGCUCUUUUGGGUCUGAGUGAAAUCCCCACGGUCACGCCUAGGUCCUCAGCAGCCUUGUCUCCAUCCAUGGAGAAAGGUAUCGGAGAGAGCCAAACUCAUGGUCCUUGGUGUUCUAAGCGGCAGUUACUGGUAGACUUGGAGACUGAGGAUCCACGGAGUGUCAAAGCAGUCAAAGUCUUCGGAUGGAAGGUGGACGAAACCUUGACCAAGGCACUGAACAAGAUUUUACCAUCGCUGAACAAUCUACAGACACUACACUUCUGGCAGGCGGACCUGACCGUGCACACUCUCCUCAACCUGAAGGCCACCCUGCACCUGUGCUACAAUCUCAGGACAGUGGUGUUGGAGGGGAAUCCAAUGGCUGAGCACAGCUACCAUCUCCUAAUGUCUGAGGACAGCAAUAUAGCCCACCUAUCACUGCGCCACAAUCAGAUUGGAGAGGAAGGAGCACGUCUGAUUGGCUCAGCCCUGUCCACCACCCAAUCUGCCAACAAGAACCUUGUGUCUCUCAACCUGGCCUUCAACUCCAUCGGUGAUGCAGGAGCCAAACACAUUGCACAGGGUCUACGCCUCAACCGCUCCUUGCUGUGUCUCUCUCUGGCUAACAACCACAUAGGAGAUGCAGGAGCUGCUCUACUGGCAGAGAUUUUGAGCCCUUUCCCACUGACUCAUGAGGAAGUUGUUGAAAGACGAAAGCUAAAGAUCAGGAGAGACCAGUCACCCUCUCAGGGAGCUGAUCAGGCUCUCUCCAUCCCCAGUAGUUGCUCAGUAGAGCAAAAUGUCAGCAAGUCGGCCAAGACCUCAAGCAAGAAGAAGGAUAAGUCAUCAGCCAGCCAGACAGGGUCGGGCAAGAAGGAGGACCCAAAAAUGGCCAAGAAAACGUCUGACACCAAAGUACAAAGGAACCGACAGAAACCUGAGACCAGAGACAGACAGCCAUCUGCAAUGGAGACAGAGGACAAGAACAACUUGGGGCUAAAUAAGUCCGCUGAUGGUGGAGAGAUUGUGAGCUCCUUGCUGGAUCCAGGUGUGCAGCACAUUGGUGGGAAAAUGAUUAUGCCAGGAAACACGUCCCUCACGUCCCUCAAUCUCACAGGGAAUCGCUUGACAGAGAGGAGUGUGGAGUGCUUCUGUUCUUCCCUGCAGGCCCAGGGUGAUGCAGGAGGCCUCAUGCACCUCUGUCUCAAUAGAAACCGUUUCCCCCUCGACUGCAAGGCCUUCCUGAAGAUCCAGGAGCUAAUGGCCUUCAGAGAUCCUCUCAACAAAAGCUCCACCACUCAGGCCGAGGAGGGACAAGGACCAGCCGAGUAGGGAUUUGAAUUAUAGCUAUUUUAUAUUUUAUCUGAUUUUAUGCACCACAUGUUUGUAACCAUGCACGACAUUCCAUCUCUGUCUUUUCACUGUAGUGACCUCAUAUACCCUUUUAAGAACAUGAGAUCUUAUGAGCCCAAUAAACUUAUAUAUUUCAUA